CUGGGCGCAAUUGAUGUGGAGCGAAUCCGACAGGAUUUCCCGAUCCUGCACCAGGAGAUCAACGGCAAGCCGCUGGUUUAUCUGGACAAUGCGGCAACCACACAGAAGCCCCAGGUUGUAAUUGACGCCAUCGUCAAUUAUUACGUCAAGAACAAUGCCAAUGUGCAUCGGGGCGUGCAUACGUUGAGUCAGCGUGCCACCGACGAUUACGAAUCGGCAAGGGAGUCAGUGCGCCGCUUUAUCAACGCGCCCGAGGACUGUGAAGUCAUCUAUGUUCGUGGCGCCACCGAAGGUCUCAACCUGGUGGCCAGCAGCUACGGUCGAAAAUACUUCAAAUCCGGCGAUGAAGUAAUCAUUACCGGUAUGGAGCACCACUCCAACAUCGUGCCCUGGCAGUUAUUGGGCAAGGAACUGGGCAUCCGGUUGCGGGUUGUUCCAUUCAACGAUGAUGGCGAGUUGCUGCUGGAUGAAUUCGAAGGGAUGCUGAACGACCGCACCAAACUGGUGUCGGUGGUACACCAGUCAAACGCGCUGGGAACCAUCAACCCGGUGCGAACUAUCGUCGAGCUGGCCCACGCCAAAGGUGUGCCGGUCAUGCUCGAUGCGGCACAGUCGGUCCCGCAUAUGCCCAUCGACGUGCAGGAAUUGGGCGCGGACUUCCUGACAUUUUCGGGGCACAAACUGUACGGGCCCACCGGAAUCGGGGUGCUUUGGGGCCGAGCCGAUUUGCUCAACGCGAUGCCCCCGUACCAGUCGGGCGGCGAGAUGAUUACGGGCACUCCGGACAUCGCCGGGGCGAUCGGUCUGGGCGCGGCUAUUGAGUACCUGGAAGCCAUUGGUAUGGAAAAGAUCGCCGCGUAUGAACAGGCUUUGAUGCAAUAUGGAGCGGAGCUACUCUCCAGCAUUGAGGGCGUGCGGAUCAUUGGCAACGCCGCCGACAAAGGCGGUGUGUUGUCGUUCAUUAUGGACGCUGCCCACGCCCAUGACAUUGGCACUAUCCUGGAUGCUGAGGGGAUUGCGGUGCGCACCGGGCACCAUUGCGCGCAACCCGUGAUGGCACGUUACGGGGUUGCCGCUACCGCACGGGCAUCGCUGGGUCUCUACAACACUACCGCCGAGAUUGAUUCGCUGGUCAAGGCCAUUGACCGGGUUAUUGAGGUGUUUGGGUAA